UCAGGCCACAAACGCUCAGACGAUCCUCUCGCUAGCGGACGGUGAAGGUUACCUGCUUCAACAGUGCUUGAACGGCAACCUUUUAACUGUCUUCAAACGCCGCAAGCAGUCGCGUCGAUCUCUCAAACUUCCACCGACAACGUCAAAUAUUCCAACUGUUAAGUACGUUAAAGCCUCAGCUAGCUGAGCUAUCCUCACACACUUAGCUUGGAAGCUAACUGUUUGUUUUGCUAACAAGCCACUUGGACAGCUUUGACCUCCUCUCGUGAAGACCUGCCAAGAACAGUUGAACCAUGAGUUCCCAAGUAAGACAAAACUUCCAUCAGGACUGCGAGGCUGCAAUCAACAGGCAGAUCAACCUGGAGCUGUACGCCUCCUACGUCUACUUGUCCAUGGCAUACUACUUUGACCGGGAUGACCAGGCAUUGGCCAACUUUGCCAAAUUCUUCCGUGAUCAGUCACACGAGGAACGUGAGCAUGCUGAGAAGCUAAUGAAACUACAGAACCAGAGGGGAGGAAGGAUCUUCCUGCAAGACAUCAGGAAGCCAGACAGGGAUGAGUGGGGCAGCGGUGUCGAGGCUCUCGAAUGUGCCCUGCAGCUUGAGAAGAGCGUGAACCAGUCGCUGCUUGACCUGCACAAGCUCUGCUCCGAUCACAACGACCCACACAUGUGUGACUUCAUCGAGACGCACUACCUUGACGAGCAGGUGAAGUCCAUCAAAGAGCUGGCAGACUGGGUGACCAACCUGCGCCGCAUGGGAGCUCCACAGAAUGGCAUGGCAGAGUACCUGUUUGACAAACAUACUCUGGGCAAAGAAAGCAGCUAAAUCCCCCCAGCUCACAUUUACAAACGCUUCUAUAUAUGUGUAUUUGUAUCUUGCUUCGAAAUGUUUUCAAGCCAUCUGCAUGAUCCUGGCCAGUCAUUUAUACGUCCCAUAUUAUUCAUGUCAUUAUUGCCAUUUCCUUCAUGUUACACCUCCAUAAAUCCCCUGUGAGUUUUGACAGUCAGAGCUCGCUCUGUCUUGCACCGCUCUGUCUGCUACGCUCAUGUCAUGAAGACAUAUUUGCUGCAUUUUAUGCCAGGAGUUGUUAAUCCGUCCAAAUAAACCGAACCCUCUGGAUUCUGA